UUCAGCCUCUCUCGCUCUGGUGCUCUCUCUCUCGCUCUCUCUCUCUCGCUCUCUCUCUUUCUCAGUGUCUUGCUAUAGAGGGCUCCAAUAGCAGUUCCCAGGCAGUGUGAUCCGUGUUUGCAUGCUGCUAGUUAAUGCUGGGAAGAACGCACAGCCCAUGUGCUCUGUAUGGAUGUUGAUUUCACCCAGUACAGCUUGAUCCUCUGGAAGCGGGCGCAAAGAUGUCCAGCACACCCCAUGACCCUUUUUAUUCCUCUCCUUUUGGCCCUUUUUAUAGGAGACAUACUCCAUACAUGAUACAACCAGAGUAUCGAAUAUAUGAGAUGAACAAGAGGCUGCAGUCGCGUUCAGAGGACAGUGACAAUCUUUGGUGGGAUGCCUUUGCAACGGAAUUUUUCGAAGAUGAUGCAACGUUAACUCUGUCAUUUUGUUUAGAGGAUGGACCAAAGAGAUACACUAUUGGAAGGACUCUUAUUCCGCGAUACUUUAGCACAGUGUUUGAAGGGGGUGUUACGGACCUGUAUUACAUUCUCAAGCAUGCCAAAGAAGCAUACCACAACACAUCUAUCACAGUGGACUGCGAUCAAUGCACUAUGGUCACACAGCACGGGAAACCUAUGUUCACAAAGGUGUGCACUGAAGGAAGACUCAUUUUGGAGUUCACAUUUGAUGAUCUCAUGAGGAUUAAGACAUGGCACUUUACCAUUAGACAAUACAGAGAACUAGUACCUCGCAGCAUUUUAGCCAUGCACGCACAAGAUCCUCAGGUGCUAGAACAGCUGUCCAAAAACAUUACUCGGAUGGGUUUAACCAACUUCACUCUCAACUACCUCAGGUUGUGUGUAAUUCUGGAGCCAAUGCAAGAAUUAAUGUCAAGACAUAAAACAUAUAACCUAAGUCCGCGGGAUUGCCUGAAGACGUGCCUGUUUCAGAAAUGGCAAAGGAUGGUUGCCCCACCAGCAGAACCCACCAGACAGACGACCACAAAAAGAAGGAAAAGGAAAAAUUCAACCAGCAGCACAUCAAACAGCAGUGCUGGAAAUAACACAAAUAGUGUGUACAGUAAGAGGAAAAUACCACCGGCAAGUCUCAACCUGUCAAGUCAAGUUCCAUGCACCACUACAAAAAAAUACUUAGGAGAUAAGACACGAGUCAGACGGAAUUAUCGUGGAAUACGGAACGGUUUGGAUGUGAUGGUGGUAGGAGAACCGACUUUGAUGGGUGGAGAAUUUGGAGAUGAAGAUGAAAGGCUUAUCACUAGACUAGAAAACACUCAGUAUGAUGCAGCUAAUGGUAUGGAUGAUGAAGAAGAUUUCAACAAUUCACCUGCUUUGGGAAACAAUAGUCCAUGGAACAACAAACCUCCACCUAAUCCAGAUACGAAACCGGACAACCCAACACAACAAGCAUCACAAUAGUUUAAGUCACCAUUCAAGAACUCUCUGUUGUGAUCAGCAAGUUACAAAUACAAUUCAUUGCAUUGUUUUCCUUACUGAAAAUGUAUAAUUACAACCAAGAACUUUUUGCAAAGACGCCUAUUUCGUAACAGCUCAAAUAUUUUACUUGUGCAAUGACCUGAAGUACCGUCUUUGGUUUGAAUUGAUUUCUUUGUUGUUUGUGAUACUUUGGAUAACAAAGGCAUAUAAGAUAUGAACAGAUGCGGUCCAGUAUUGUUAAAUUAAACUCCAGCUAUCAUGCUCUUUAUUGCACAUCGUAGCUGGGUGUCACCUUAUAGCUUAGCUUUACUUGUCUGCAAAUGGAUAGAGGGAUACCUCAGUAAGUACCUUAAAAUGCAUUCAUCAUUGGUGAGGCUGUUUGGGGCAGCACGGUGUCCUUUAAUGUGUAAAGGAGAUUCGAUAAGCAUUCAGCUAUUAGCUUAAUAGAACUUUUACCUUAAUGCCUUUUUUCACUCAAUUGAGCUUACUAAUUCAGCAAUUCUUUGUGUCUUCUUUUCAGGACAUCAAGUCUUCAUACAUGAGUCAUGAAUUAAUACAGUAAUAUACA